AGUACAAACUAUGUACGAACUGUUUAAGACAGGGUCACUCUGUCAAUGACUGUCGCUUAAGAAGUUGCCAGGAACCGGGUUGCACUGAGAAGCGUAACAGCUUGCUACAUCGGCCGCCAGCGUUAGUAGGUCAGCUCGUCUCCGUCGAGGAGCAGGGGGAGAUUGUAUCCGCUUAUUGUAACAAAAAUACUAAUCAAAUUAUAUUAUCAACUGCUGUAGUCGAGGCAUUGAAUCCACUUGAUGGGCAAAAGAUCAAGGUUCGUGCGCUUUUAGACUGCGGUAGUCAAUCAUCGUUUAUUACUGAAUCCCUUAUGGUCAGAUUAGCUUUAAAAUCUUUUCCCAUUGACACUCUAAAGGUCAUUGGCAUAGGAAACACGCCAAACAACAAGGUUAAUGAAAGCUGUAAUAUUAAACUACAGUCAAUCAAUAGUUCAUUUAAUAUUUCUUGUUCAUGUUUGGUUCUAAAGGAGCUGACGGGGCGAUUACCAAAGUUUCCCAUCGACAUCAGCUUAUUGCAGCUUCCUAAUAAUAUUGCGUUAGUUGACCCCAUGUUUUAUCAGCCAGCUUGUAUAGAUAUAUUUAUAGGUGCUGAUUUAUUUUGGGAUAUUUUAGGAAACGAACAAAUCUCAUUAGGAAUCAAUAAUCCAAAGCUGAGAAGUUCGCAAUUAGGUUGGAUAGUGUCCGGUCCCAUUCAAGCAGUGACUCCUGACAAAAGGGUGCACUGUAAUCAUAGUGUAAUUUCCAAUGAUAAUGAUAGUGUUGUCAAGCUUCUAACUAAAUUCUGGGAGCUGGAAGAAAUACCUGCCAAACCAAUAACCAAUGAAAACGAAUGUGAAAGACAUUUUCUCGCUCACACAACGAGAACUAAUACAGGCAGAUUUUGUGUGAAGUUGCCACUUAAGGAUAGCGCAGACUGCUUGGGCGAUACAUACAAGUUAGCUAAAAAACGCUUUAUAAAUUUGGAAAAGAGAUUAGGACGAAACCCCACGUUAAAAUCAGAAUACACUAAUUUUUUAAAGGAAAAUGUUUCGCCAGGUGCAGGGUGCAUGAGGAUGACAGAUUAUCUAAAUAAAUCUAAAUAACAAGGUAAUAGAAGUGCGAAC